AUGGAGAACAACUUCAACCAAGAACAAGUUGUUAAUACAAUGAGUAGGUACCAGUUCUGUAUUAUCCACCUUGAGGAUGAGGUUGUUGGGUUUGUGGAUCGUGCAUUCGCCAUUCUUUAUGAUCACGAUCUUCAAUGUCAAUGGACUUUAACAGAUGAAGAAGGCAAUAGACAUGUCGUCACUUAUAACAAGAAUUUACAGAAACCAAUGGUAAUAGGAGGAUGGAAUGAUUUAAGGGAAUUUUAUGAACUACACGAUAACCACAGUAUUUAUUUUGGAUAUGUUGGUCAUUCUUGCUUCCACAUCACUGUUUUUCCAAGUAAAUGCAAACCUUUAUCUAUUGGACGUUUUCUUAAAAGACUUCAAGCAGAUGAACCACUUUUCAAUGGACCGAAGUUGCAUUUUUGCAUAUUUCUGAAUCCAAACCAAUGCCAUGCUAGCCAUCUGGAUUUGCCUUCUGAUUUUGGCAAUUAUCUUCGUCAAGGAAGAUUUAAAUACAUUCUUCUUCAUGGACCUCGCGAAAUAGUCAAGUGCAAACUACUCUUGAGAAAUCAUCCAAAGAAGUCUAACAAAAUAGGAAGUGGGUGGAAGGAAUUUUGUACUGCUCAUGGAUUUGAUCAACCUAUUGACUUGGUGUUUGAAAUUGAUCAGAUGAAAAGCAAUCAGAAUGUCAAAGUGCUUACAUAUUUAUUCCAUAUGUUUUCUGCUGAAAUGGAGGAAAACGAUUGUAAAAAUGCAAGGCUGAGGAGGAAGUUGGUGCUACAACAAAGGUUUAAUGCAGAUUACAAAGAACAGAAUGCAAGGAAAAAAACAAAAAUCGCCAACCAUUGUUCUCAAAUUCUCAGCAAUAGCAUUCACAGAAGUUAUGUACAAAAUAAUUACAAUUGCAGUGCAAGUGCCACAUCUGGAGUUCAAAAUCAUUCAUAUUCUGUCUCUAACAAUAAAGUUGUCAAAUAUCCUUUUCAAGUCAUACAAUCACUUCAAAACAGAUUCAAUCUUCAUGAUGAAACAACAACAGAACAACAUUGUUCAGACACAAGAAAUGAUGAUUCAACAAGAACAACAUAUGAAGGAGAUAGUACAAGUACUACAAUUACAAACGAAUUGUAUUGCAAAGGAGAGUUACAAGAACUACUCAAUAUUGGAGAUCCUUGCUUGGAAUGCCAAUACUGUCAAGCUCAACUGUGGUAUGAAGAAAGAGCAGAAAAAAGUAACACAUCAAAGGAAGUUCAAUUUUCAUUAUGUUGCCAAAAGGGAAAAGUACAAAUUCCACUACUAAAAAAACCACCUGAUCUUCUUGAAGGUUUGUUAAAUGGUGUAGAUCGUAGAAGCAAAUCAUUUUUACAGAAUAUAAGACUCUACAAUAGCAUGUUUUCAUUUACUUCAAUUGGUGGUAAGAUAGAUACUUUAAUGAACAAUGGUUCUGCUCCACCACAAUUUAUUCUUAAUGGUCAGAACUAUCAUCGUAUUGGAAGUUUAUUGCCAGAACGUGGAUCAAAGCCAAAGUUUGCACAACUUUACAUAUAUGACACCGAAAAUGAAUUGAGUAACAGACUAAAGCAUUUCAGGUCUAACAGCAAGGAAUCUGAUCUAGAUCAAUCAUUGGUUGCUGAUUUGAUUCAAAUGAUUGACACUCACAAUGUUCUUGCGAAAUCUUUCAGAAGAGUAAGAGAAUUGUCACUGCAACAUAUGGAAUCAGAUUUCACACUAAGACUAUUUAGAGGCAGAAACAAAGACCCUAGAGUAUACAACACACCUUCAUGUGAUGAAAUAGCUGCUCUAAUAGUUGGUGAUUUUGGCAAUCUGGAUGUAGGCAGAGAUAUCAUUGUCAAGAAAUUUUCUGGUGAAUUAACAAGACUGCAUGAAACUCACACAGCUUUCAUUCCACUUCAGUAUCCUCUAAUGUUUCCAUAUGGAGAAGAUGGUUAUCAAGAAGAUAUUCCAAUCAGAGAGUCUCAUUCAAGAAGUCAAUCCAAGGUUAGAAUUAGAAUUUCGUUGCGAGAAUUUAUUGCAUUUAGAAUACAACAAAGAUCUAUAGAACCUGGAAAUAUUGUGAAUGCAUGUAGAUUAUUCCAACAGUUUUUGGUUGAUUGUUAUACAAUGGUAGAAGCACAACGACUGUCGUUCAUUAGAGCUAAUCAAAAGUUAAUUCGUUGUGAUAUUCUUAAUGGAUUACAAGAGGAUGUUAAUAGAGGAGAGACAGAUCCUUCUUUAAUUGGAAGACGUAUUGUACUGCCUGCUUCAUUCACUGGUGGUACAAGAUACAUGUUCAACAAUUGUCAAGAUGCUAUGGCUAUUUGUAAAAAGUUUGGCUAUCCUGAUUUGUUCAUUACUAUAACAUGCAAUGUCAAUUGGAGCGAAAUAAGAGACUUUGUUUUACCAAAAGGGUUGUCACCAUCAGAUAGACCUGAUAUUGUAUGUAGAGUAUUCAAAAUGAAGCUGGAUGAAAUGAUGACAGAUUUCAGAAAAAAGGACUUCUUUGGAAAAACCACUGCAGGAAUGUACACAGUAGAAUUUCAAAAGAGAGGUUUACCUCAUGCACAUAUACUUUUAUGGUUGGAUGGAGAAAGCAAAUUGAAAAAUUCAACUGAUAUUGAUAAAGUAAUAUCAGCUGAAUUGCCCAAUGCGGAUUUGUAUCCAAAAUUGGAAAAAGUUGUAGCAAGUUACAUGAUUCAUGGACCAUGCGGACCUGCGAGAUAUACUUCACCAUGCAUGAAAGAAGGAAGAUGGUCCAAAUUUUAUCCUAAAAUAUUCACAUCUUCAACUUCUAUUGAUGAAGAUGGAUAUCCAUGCUAUAGAAGACUUGAUAAUGGUAGAUUUGUUGAGAAGAAUGGAAUUAAGCUGGACAACAGAAGUGUUGUUCCUUACAAUCCACCACUUCUAAUGAGGUAUCAAGCUCACGUGAAUACAGAGUAUUGCAACAAGACCAAUUCAAUAAAAUAUUUGUUCAAAUAUGUCAACAAGGGUCCUGACAGAGCUACUCUUAAAAUAAGCAACAACUCUGCACAACGUGACAAAGAAACCAUUAUUGAUGAGAUCAAGAGGUAUUAUGAUUGUAGGUAUCUAUCACCAUGUGAAGCAGCUUGGCGAAUAUUUGCUUUUGACAUCCAUCACAGAUGGCCUCCUGUUCAGAGAUUGACAUUCCAUCUUCCUGGACAACAAUCAACUUUGUUUAAAGAUAAUGAUGAUAUUAAUGUGAUCUGCAACAGGUACGAAAAUGCUAACACAAUGUUUCUAGCUUGGUUUGAGGCUAACAAAGUUUAUACAGAAGGAAAAGAAUUGACUUAUUCUGAAUUUCCAAGCAAAUUUGUGUGGUUUGCUAAAGAAAAAGAAUGGAAACCAAGGAAGAAAGGCUACAACAUUGGUAGACUUACUUAUAUUCCUCCAGGCUCUAGAGAACUUUAUUAUUUGAGGAUAUUACUGACAAUUCAAAAAGGUUGUAUUGAUUAUGAAAGCAUAAAGACCAUUGAUGGGAAAUUUUAUGAAACAUACCAAGAUGCUUGCUAUGCUUUGGGAUUGUUGGCAGACGAUAAAGAAUAUAUUGAUGCAAUCAAAGAAGCAAGUGAAUUUGCUUCGGGGUAUGAACUUAGAAGAUUAUUUGUUACUUUGUUGUCCAUGAAUACAAUUUCUAAACCAGAUAUAGUUUGGAAUUCUACAUGGACUAUCUUGUGUGAUGGAAUUUUGUACCAAAAGAGAAAGGAAAUGAGAUUACCAGCUCUUCAAAUUGAGACUGCUGAAUUACAAAAAAUAUGUCUCAUGGAAAUACAAGAAAUGCUAAUGUCAAAUGGUAGAUGUUUGAAAGAUUAUCCUUCAUUACCUCAACUUGAUAUUUCAGAUGUACAUACAUUCAAUAACAGAUUUAUUGUUGAUGAGCUGCAAUACAAUAAAGAAGACAUGGCAAAAGAACAUGAUAUUUUGCUUAAAGCACUGAAUGAUGAACAAAUGCAUGUAUAUCAGGAUAUCAUGACAGCAGUUGUUUCAAACAAGGGAGGAUUCUUCUUUUUAUAUGGCUAUGGUGGUACAGGUAAAACGUUUAUGUGGAAGACAUUGUCAGCUGCUCUAAGAAGUAAGGGCAUGAUUGUUUUGAACGUAGCAUCAAGUGGAAUUGCUUCUUUACUACUUCCUGGUGGAAAAACAGCACACUCUACCUUCUGCAUCCCACUGUUAAUUAAUGAUGAAUCAACUUGCAACAUAGCGCAAGGUACUCUCCGUGCUAAACUUCUGAUGGCAACCAAUUUAAUUAUCUGGGAUGAAGCACCAAUGAUGAAUAGAAUGUGCUUUGAGGCAUUUGAUAGAACACUAAGAGAUAUUAUGCGAAAUGUUGAUGAUGCCAAUAAUGACAAACCAUUUGGUGGCAAAGAAGUUGUCUUGGGAGGUGACUUCAGACAAAUUCUACCCGUUAUAAAGAAAGGAUCUAGGUUUGAUAUCAUCAAAUCAGCCAUCAACUAUUCAGAGUUAUGGAAUUGUUGUAAAGUGCUCAAACUGUCCAAGAACAUGAGAUUAAGUACUACAACAAACAAUCAAACAGCCAAUGAUAUCAAAGAAUUUGCUGAUUGGAUAUUGAAAAUUGGAGAUGGCCAAAUGGAUGUAAAUGAGAAUGGUGAGUGCAUGGUAGAAAUUCCAGAAGAGCUGCUUAUUAUAAAUACAGAUGUACCUUUAUUGUCAUUGGUUGAAUUUGUUUAUCCUCAAUUUGUGGUUAACAUGAUGAAUCCAAAUUAUUUUGAUGAUGGAGCAAUCUUGUGCCCAACUAAUGAUUCUGUAGAGCAAGUCAAUGAUUUCAUGUUGUCUUUAUUAGGUGGUGAAGAGGUGACUUAUUUAAGUUCAGAUACACCUUGCCAAUCUGAUGAACAAGAUGAAGUUCAAUCUGAAUGGUUUACAUCUGAAUUUUUAAAUGAUAUCAAAUGUUCAGGGAUACCAAAUCAUAAACUCAAGCUCAAAACAGGUGUGCCAAUUAUGCUCUUGAGAAAUAUUGAUCAAGCAAAAGGUCUUUGCAAUGGCACAAGAUUGCAAGUCAACCAUUUGGGUAAAAAUGUAAUCUCUGCAACUGUAAUUACUGGAAAAAACAUUGGUGACAAAAUUUUUAUUCCAAGAAUGGAUUUAGUGCCAUCUGAUUCAGGAUUGCCUUUCAAAUUCCAAAGAAUACAGUUCCCAAUUUCAUUAUGCUUUGCAAUGACAAUUAACAAAAGUCAAGGACAAACACUUUCUAGAGUGGGACUUUAUCUUCCACAACCUGUAUUCACACAUGGCCAACUAUAUGUUGCUAUUUCUAGAGUGAAAACCAAGAGAGGAUUGAAAAUACUUAUAUUGGAUGAAAAUGGAAAUAUCACAAACACAACUAAAAAUGUUGUCUACAAAGAAAUUUUUGAAACUCUUUGA